UUUUCUGCAGCACAGAGUCACAAAGUCUCCGUCUCCUCCUCUGGAUUGGGACUGAUUCUGCACUGGGAUCCUCUGCAAAGACAAAGUUUUCCUCUCUUGUUAUUGCUGUACCACCAUAAUCUACCAAGAUGUGUGACUGCUUUCAUCUAGUUCUUCCUAACUGGCCAGGAUCUCCAGCCAGUGGUUCUGGACGACAGCUGAGACCGGCAGAGCCUCCGGGAGAUGCUGACGCUGAUGCGGAAGAUGAAGAUUCUGUUAAUGAAGUGGCAGUAGAAGACAUCCGUCCAAGGCCACAGGGUUCCUCUCCAGUUUAUGAAUAUUCCAUAGAAGAAGAAUAUUUAAAGCUUCAAGAAGAAAACAAAAAAUAUUCUACAGACAAAUCAAAACAGAGUCAUCCACAGGAGACAAUGGAAGUGACCUUGAGAACAGAAGUGGAAGCUGGUGCUAGUGGUUUUAGCGUGACAGGUGGAGGAGAUGAAGGAAUAUUUAUUAAAAAAGUACUUAAGGAGUCUCCUGCUUCAAAAGUAUUUAGUCUGAGAGAAGGUGAUCAGCUUCUAAGUGCUACAAUAUUUUUUGAUAACAUCAAAUAUGAAGAUGCACUUAAAAUUCUUCAAUAUUCUGAGCCAUACAGAGUCCAAUUCAGCCUCAAAAGAAAAAUUGCUGGGAAAGAAGAGCUGGAACAUAUUCACUCUACAGCCCAGUACAAAAAGGAAAGAUUAAGUCAGGAAAAAGAACUCAGUGAAAGCAUUCCUGAAGAAACGCUGCGUAUUUCAGGAAAAACUAUUUCAGAAGAAGACAGGGAAACAUUAAUUGUAAACCAAAGGGUAGGAAGAAGCAAGAGACCUAAAAAAGAUAGAUUGUCAUGGCCAAAAUUCCAGUCAAUUAAAAAUAAAAAGAUAUUGGGACACAGAAGAUCUCAUAGUACAUCUGAUGCAUAUGAGCCUGCUAUACAGGAUAUUUCCCCUACAAGCACAGACACAGAGUCUCAAUUUCAACAAGAUGUUCAUAUUAAAGAAAAAAAAGGAAGCCAAAAGAAACUGAAGUUCCCUAGUAUUGGAUUCAAAAUGCACAGAUCCAAAGCAGAAUCUCAAGACAAGCAAAAAAAAGAAAUAAAAGCUACACUGCUAUCUGAAAGACAAAAGAUACAUAAAGAAGAUAUCAGCAUGGAAAGUCCUGAAAUACUGACUGUUGAAUAUACCACAUCUCCUGCUUAUGAAAUGAAAACAGAGGAGUUACAUGAAACUUUAACAAAAGACUUGAAAGAUAUGAAAAAUGGUAUUCCCACUCAUGAAAAAAAAUGCCCUGAAGUUGAAAUAAGCAUUAAAACAGAAAAGGAAAAGAAAUCAGCAUUGAAGUUUACUGUACCUGAAGGACCAGCUAUAACAACACAGGUACUGAAGCCCAGUUCAGAAGCAGCAGAUCUGAAAGAAAGCCCAACUAAACAACUACCACAAGCCUCAUCAAAAUCACGGAAAAAGAAACAGAAAGGAACAGCUGGUAAAACAGAAGGAGAAAGUGGAAUUAACAUAGACAUAAUGGAUCAUGCAGCAAAAGGAUCCAUACAGGUAAGAGGUCUAGAAAUAGGCACUGCUAAAGCAGAAUUACACACACCUGACAUACUGGAAACAGAAGAAAAGCAAAUGGAAGAUGACACACAAAUACUAAAAAUUCAGAAAACAAAAUCUGAGAUUUCAGUGCCCAAAAGAAAAGAGCCAGAGACUGAGAACACUUUAACCAAACCAGAAAGUGAUGUUCCACGUUCUGUACCAGAAACAACAGCUGAUGAAAUUACAGAGGUAGGCAGGAAGUUAGAAGUGAAAACUCACAUACCUGAUGCAGAAUCAGAAGAAUCUACUUUGAAAAUGCAAAUACCAUCAUUCAAGAUUGCCAAAAUACCUAAAGCUGACAUUAAAAUAUCAAGAGAAGACAGCACAGUUGAAUCAGAUGAUAUUGUUAAAAAGGCACAGACAGAGGAUGAUAUGCCCACGAGUGAUAAAGACUUGAAGAUGGACAUUGGCAUGAAGACAGGUGAAAAGGAUACAGAAGGAAAAGAAAGCAAAUUCAGACUACCAAAGUUUAAACUGCCUACAUUUACCUGGGCAACUGCAAAGGAUGAGACAGGGGAAACUUACAAUCAGUUAAGCGACAAAGAAGCAAAGGUGCCAUCCCUAAAAGAAGGUGCAAAAAUGGAAAUGAGCAUAUCAGGAGAAGAUAUGAAUGUUCCAAGUGCUGAAAUGGAAAUAGGAAUAUCCAAAGAAAAAAUAAGUGAAAAAAAUAUUGAACAGAGAGGAGAUGAAUUAUCAACAUUAAAAAAGCAACAUAUAAAAAAGUCAUCACCAGACAUGCAUUUGGAAAAAAUAACUGGACAAAUACUGCCUACAAAACCAGAUAAUGAAGUAAAAAUGGGUGAACCCAGUACACAAUCCAAGAAAACAGAAGAAUCUAUCUCUCAAAUAGGAAAAACAAAAGAUGAAAGAGAAAUAAAAAUGAAAGAAAAAAAGAUAAAAUUAACAAAAAAAGGAUUAUUUAAACAAGACACCGAGAUUCCAAAAGAAAAUAUAGAAAUAACAAAAUACAAAACUGAUGUAAAACAUUCAGAAAAUGAAAUUUCAGAAGCAAAAAAAGGAAAAACCACUGUUACAAUGACAGCACAGGAGAUUAUGGAGAAAAAAGCCUCCCUCAAAGCUGACAUCAAAGCUCCCAAGGUGGACAUCAGCCUGCCCUCCAUCGACGUCACCCUUCCGAAGGCCAGCGUCGAGCUGCAGGCGCCCGAGGCGGCGCUCGCCCUCAAAGGGGAAGCAAAAGCCCCAGAGAAGGAGGCCACGAAGGCCAAGGACGGCAAGUUCAAAAUGCCCAAGUUCGGCAUGCCUUCCUUUGGCUGGUCCAGCAGCAGAGAGGCCAAGGGCACCGUGGCCGCCGAUGUAGACAUGAGCCUCAAGGAGCCCCAAGUGAUGGCACCCUCGGGAACCGCCGAAGUUGAGGUGACCCUGCCCGAGGCCGAGAUCCAAGCUCCCAGCGUCGAGGUGGCCAUCGAGACAGCCACCAGCGGAAACGGGGAGAAAGGCUGGAUCAAAAUGCCCGACGUCAAGAUUCCCAGUAUCAAGGCUCCCAAAGUCGAGGCGGACGUCAGCCUGCCCAAAGUCGAGGCCAGCCUGCCAGAGGCAGAGGUCAAGGCUGGUGCCGUCGACAUCAGCAUCUCAGCGCCCGACAUCAAGCUGCCCUCCGUGGAAGGCUCCCUUGACCUCCAGGCACCCGAGGUAGACGUGAAAGUACCCUCCGCCGAAGGCUCGCUCGACGGAGCCGAGCUGGAAGCCACUGGCCUCAAAGGGAAGUUUAAGAUGCCCAAGUUCGACAAGCCCAAAUUCGGAGUGUCGGUGCCCAAGGCGGAAGGGCCCGAAGGCGAGGUCAGCCUGCCUACCGCUGAGGUCGACCUGCCCUCUGGCACCGUGACGGUGGCAGGGGAAGGCCCUGCACUGGGCCUCAAAGCUGACGUUGCCGGUGCCAAGACCGAAGGGGCUGGCUGGAAGCUGGAAAAGCCCUCCCUCAAAAUGCCCAAAGCUGACAUCAAAGCUCCCAAGGUGGACAUCAGCCUGCCCUCCGUCGACGUCACCCUUCCGAAGGCCAGCGUCGAGCUGCAGGCGCCCGAGGCGGCGCUCGCCCUCGAAGGGGAAGCAAAAGCCCCAGAGAAGGAGGCCACGAAGGCCAAGGACGGCAAGUUCAAAAUGCCCAAGUUCGGCAUGCCUUCCUUUGGCUGGUCCAGCAGCAGAGAGGCCAAGGGCACCGUGGCCGCCGAUGUGGACGUGAGCCUCAAGGAGCCCCAAGUGACGGCACCCUCGGGAACCGCCGACGUUGAGGUGACCCUGCCCGGGGCCGAGAUCCAAGCUCCCGGCGUCGAGGUGACCAUUGAGACAGCCGCUGGCGGAGACGGGGAGAAAGGACGGUUCAAAAUGCCCGACGUCAAGAUGCCCAGCGUCAAGCUGCCCAAAGUCAAAGCGCCCCACGUGCAGGUCAGCCUGCCAGAGGGCGAGAUCUCCGUGCCCAAAGCCCAGGCCGAAAUCCCGGAGGGCGAGCUCACCCUGCACGGUCCCGACGCCGAAGGCAGCCUGGACGUGCCUGCCGGCAAAGUGGAGGGCAGCGGCAUGAAAAUACACAUGCCAAAAGUCAAGGUGCCCAGCGUGGCCUUCUCCAAGCCGACCGUCAAGGCUCCCAAAGUCGAGGCGGACGUCAGCCUGCCCAAAGUCGAGGCCAGCCUGCCAGAGGCAGAGGUCAAGGCUGGCGCCGUCGACAUCAGCAUCUCGGCGCCCGACAUCAAGCUGCCCUCCGUGGAAGGCUCCCUUGACCUCCAGGCACCCGAGGUAGACGUGAAAGUGCCCUCCGCCGAAGGCUCGCUCGACGGAGCCGAGCUGGAAGCCACGGGCCUCAAAGGGAAGUUUAAGAUGCCCAAGUUCGACAAGCCCAAAUUCGGAGUGUCGGCGCCCAAGGCGGAAGGGCCCGAAGGCGAGGUCAGCCUGCCCACCGCUGAGGUCGACCUGCCCUCUGGCACCGUGACGGUGGCAGGGGAAGGCCCUGCACUGGGCCUCAAAGCUGACGUUGCCGGUGCCAAGACCGAAGGGGCUGGCUGGAAGCUGGAAAAGCCCUCCCUCAAAAUGCCCAAAGCUGACAUCAAAGCUCCCAAGGUGGACAUCAGCCUGCCCUCCGUCGACGUCACCCUUCCGAAGGCCAGCGUCGAGCUGCAGGCGCCCGAGGCGGCGCUCGCCCUCGAAGGGGAAGCAAAAGCCCCAGAGAAGGAGGCCACGAAGGCCAAGGACGGCAAGUUCAAAAUGCCCAAGUUCGGCAUGCCUUCCUUUGGCUGGUCCAGCAGCAGAGAGGCCAAGGGCACCGUGGCCGCCGAUGUGGACGUGAGCCUCAAGGAGCCCCAAGUGACGGCGCCCUCGGGAACCGCCGACGUUGAGGUGACCCUGCCCGGGGCCGAGAUCCAAGCUCCCGGCGUCGAGGUGACCAUUGAGACAGCCGCUGGCGGAGACGGGGAGAAAGGACGGUUCAAAAUGCCCGACGUCAAGAUGCCCAGCGUCAAGCUGCCCAAAGUCAAAGCGCCCCACGUGCAGGUCAGCCUGCCAAAGGGCGAGAUCUCCGUGCCCAAAGCCCAGGCCGAAAUCCCAGAGGGCGAGCUCACCCUGCACGGCCCCGACGCCGAAGGCAGCCUGGACGUGCCUGCCGGCAAAGUGGAGGGCAGCGGCAUGAAAAUACACAUGCCAAAAGUCAAGGUGCCCAGCGUGGCCUUCUCCAAGCCGACCGUCAAGGCUCCCAAAGUCGAGGCGGACGUCAGCCUGCCCAAAGUCGAGGCCAGCCUGCCAGAGGCAGAGGUCAAGGCUGGCGCCGUCGACAUCAGCAUCUCGGCGCCCGACAUCAUGCCCUCCGUGGAAGGCUCCCUUGACCUCCAGGCACCCGAGGUAGACGUGAAAGUGCCCUCCGCCGAAGGCUCGCUCGACGGAGCCGAGCUGGAAGCCACGGGCCUCAAAGGGAAGUUUAAGAUGCCCAAGUUCGACAAGCCCAAAUUCGGAGUGUCGGCGCCCAAGGCGGAAGGGCCCGAAGGCGAGGUCAGCCUGCCCACCGCUGAGGUCGACCUGCCCUCUGGCACCGUGACGGUGGCAGGGGAAGGCCCUGCACUGGGCCUCAAAGCUGACGUUGCCGGUGCCAAGACCGAAGGGGCUGGCUGGAAGCUGGAAAAGCCCUCCCUCAAAAUGCCCAAAGCUGACAUCAAAGCUCCCAAGGUGGACAUCAGCCUGCCCUCCGUCGACGUCACCCUUCCGAAGGCCAGCGUCGAGCUGCAGGCGCCCGAGGCGGCGCUCGCCCUCGAAGGGGAAGCAAAAGCCCCAGAGAAGGAGGCCACGAAGGCCAAGGACGGCAAGUUCAAAAUGCCCAAGUUCGGCAUGCCUUCCUUUGGCUGGUCCAGCAGCAGAGAGGCCAAGGGCACCGUGGCCGCCGAUGUGGACGUGAGCCUCAAGGAGCCCCAAGUGACGGCGCCCUCGGGAACCGCCGACGUUGAGGUGACCCUGCCCGGGGCCGAGAUCCAAGCGGCUGGUAUUGAUGUUGGUCUUGGUACAUCCUCCGUGAAGGAGGAGGCUGUUGCUAAAACUAAGACUUCUUUAUUUAGAAUUCCUAAGGUUUUCCUUCCUAAAAGUUCUAAGCAGCAUCUACAGAGUAAGUCUGUUAUGGAAGUUUCUGAAUCAGAAUCUAGUUGUUAUUCUGUAACAGAGGCAUCUCCUGCUGUGAUUUCUGGCAGUCUUGAUUCUAAUGUAUUUCCUGAUAUUAAGGGAGAUAAUGCUCCUAAAAGUAGUAAGUUUAGAAUUCCUAGCUUGGGUUUCUCAAAGGUUGAUAUUAGUUCUUCUAAAUUUGAGCAGGAUUCACCCUUAUCAAAGGGGGAUGUAACUCUUACUAAGUAUCAAAUGAAUAUUGAAGAAUCUGAAUCAAAAAUAUCAUCUCUUGCUGAUAUGAGUUCAGUAACAGAUUUUGAAAUUUUGAAUGAAGAUGGUUCUUGGGAGGAAGGAAUUAUCAAGCCAGAAAUGAAAACAGCAACUGCUGAAAUAUGUCUUGGACACACAGAAUAUACAGUUAAAAUACCUAAGUUCCGAAAACCAAAUUUUGGAAUUUCUUGGUAAGGAAAGCCAUCAGAAAGUGACAUUGUUUCCAAAGUGGAAUCUGAAAUUGGCAAGGAAAAGAUAACAUCUGAUAUGUUUGAUAUUGAUAUUGAAUAUCCAUCUCAGAUUCCUGAUGCAGAAUUAGGUGUCAAGUUACAAAAGCCUUCACCUGAAUGUGUUACGGAUGCAGCAAAGUUGGAUGUCAGUCUCCCAUCAACAGAAGAUACCAUGCCAGAAUUAGAAAUGGAAAUCCAUGGCCCAAAGUGCAAGACAGAACAGGAAUUAAUUUCAGGAGAGAAGGACACUGAGGAGAAAGAAAGCAAAUUUAAAAUGUCAAAAUUCAAACUACCUUCAUUUAGUUGGUCCCCAAAGAAAGAAGCUAUUGCUCCUUCUGAAGCUGAGGGACAUCUGGAAGAAUCCAAUGUGUCUAUUUCAUCCGGAGACACAGAAUCUAAGUUAACACUAAUUAUCCCUGAGAAUCAACACCUUCAUAUGGAAUUGGAUACAGCAACAGAAAAAGAUGGUGAAAAGGGAAAAAACAAGAAGUCCCAAUUUAUCAUGUCAAAGAUCUCACUCCCUAAAGUGAAGGGUCAAAAAGUCCAGGUCUCUCUGCCCAUACUAGAAACUGAUGUUUGUGAUCCCAAACAAGAAAAAGAUGGAGAUGUUUCAGUACAGGAAUCUGAGAAAGAGAGUAGUGGAGAAAGGGCAGAAAUGGGUGUAAAAAUGCCAAAAGUUAGAGUUCCAACUUUGGAAUUUUCCAAAUCAGAAGUCAAAGCUCCCAAAAUAGAAGUGGAUAUUAGCAUGUCUACAGGUGAGGUCAUACUUCCUGUAUGUGAACAAGAUGUUUUAACAUUGAAAUCAGCUGUUGAUGAUGCCAGCCUCUCUACCUCAGAUACUAAGAUGAUAGCUAAAGGCUCCUUUGAGGUGAAGAGUUCUGAGACAAGUGCUGAAAGUGAAAUUGAUGUGGAGGGUGUAGAAAUAAAAGCCGAAGGUUCUGAAGGGAAAACAAAAUUGUCUAAAUUCCAAAUGCCAAAGUUUGGCAUGACACAUUCUAAAGGGAAAGGGUCAGAAAAGGAGGUCAGCCAAUCCAAAUCAGAAGCCAUAGUUCCCCAACUAAAAGCAACAAUAGAAAUAUCUGAUGUUGCCAUGGAAGCACCGAAUUUGGAGGUAGAAUGUGGUGCAGGAACAGAACAUCCAGCCCUAAAUUCAAAACAACCAAAAACUGACAAUAAGGCACCAGAAGUUGAUGUUCACCUCCCAUCUGGUGACAUUUCUAUCCCAAAGACAGACAGUGAUAUUCAGGAUUCAGAUACAGCACUAAAAAUUAAAGAGGAAAAAAAGCAUGCAGAUGGAGAUGGAGAAGAGAAAGAAGGACAUUUCAAAAUGCCAAAAAUUAAACUUCCAUCCUUCAAUUGGUCCCCAAAGAAGGAAACAACUGUUAAGCCGGAUUCUGGAGCAAUUUUGGAAGAUAAACUUGCUGCAAAGUCAGGCAGAAUAGACACAGAAGUGGGAGGAACUGCAACUGAUGAUCAAGGUCCUAAGACAGCCCUUGAUCUGGAAAUAUCUGCAGGAAAAGAUGAACAGAAAAGUCCAAUUAAAAAGCCUCAGUUUGUCAUGCCUAAAAUUUCACUUUCCAAGAUCAAGGUUCCCAAAUCGCAGACACACUCACCAAAAGUUGAAGCUGGUGCUACUAUUUCUAAAACAAAAGAUGGAGAUGAUUCAAUACAGAUACCUGAUAUAGAAAGAAGUCAUUCCAAAAGGACAGAAGAAGGGGCACAAAUCAGCAUAAAACCAGCUGCAGUUAAGAUCCCUACGUUGGUUUCCGAAACAGAAAUUGGAGCCGCCCAGACUGACAAGGGAGUCAUCUCAGCAAAGACUGAUGCUGCUGUGCCUGCCUCAGAGAGGAGUUUUCAACAGGUUGUCCUAAAACCAAGUUCUGAUGAGGAUUUCAUUCAAAAAACAGGUAUUAAGUACUCCAAAGGAGAAACUGCAAUUGAACUGAGGAGCCCUGAAACAGCAACUGAAGGAUCAUUAGUUAUGGAUGAAAGAAAGAUGAAAGUGGAAGAUCCUGAUGGGAAGAUUAAAAUGCCCAAAUUCCAGAAGCCAAAGUUUGGUAUCUCCCUAACAAAAGGGAAAGGCCCAGAGUCAGAGAUCAGCUCUCCAAAAAUAGAAGCUGAGCUACCCCAGCUAAAAAUGACAACAGAAAUUGCUGACAUUGCUGUGGGAGUGCCAGCAUCAGAAUUUACAUCUGAUACACCAGAUCUUGGAUUAGGGAUUUAUGCUUGUAAAGCAAAAACACCUCAAGUUCUGACAGCUGGCAUUGAAGCUCCAAAGGUAGACAUAAGCCCCAAGUCAGUGUCUAAACCAAUGACAGAGGAAGAUACUGAGAGCCCUGAGGAGAAAGAAGUCAAAUUAAAAGAACAUGAAAUUAAAGCUGAAGAAGCUCAGACUGAAGAACAACAGGGAUGGUUUAAAAUGCCAAAAUUCAGAAUACCUGCAUUUGGCCGGACAUCCUUAAAGGAAAAAAAAGGUGAUGCUGAUGUUGAAAGUCUGGAAAAAACUCAGGCAGGCAUUCCCUCUGCCAAAGUACAUACUGAAACAACUAUUCCUGAAGAUACCUUCUCAUUACCACAUGCGGUUGCUGAAAUUACUAUUGGAAAAGAAGGGAUUCAAAAAUCAGGAGAAUCUGUGAAGGGUUCUGGUGUUAGCUUGCCAAAGAUGGAAGGAGAUAUUUCAUUAUCUGCAGAAAGAACAGAUAGUAGAGUGAAUAUUCCAAAAACUGAAACAUAUGCAGACAUAGUUAAGCGUGGUGCUGAAGGACAAAAAAUGCACACUUCAGAAUUCAUAGUGUCUUCAACAGAAUUAUCUAAACCAGAAAUAAGUGCUUCAAAAAUUGACAGAGACAGCAGUUCACCAAGUAAGCUCCCUAUAUGUACUCUGUCUCUUCAAGAGCAUAAAGUCAAAUCACAGGAUACAGAGAUCCCAAAGGUUGAAAGUACCACUGAACUAGAGGCUUCAAGUGCAGAAUUUAAAACAUCAUCAGCUGAAAUUGCUCUGGACGGAACACAGGACAGAGCAGAUGUUAGUCUUUCAAAGGGAGAGAUAGACAUUCAAAAUCAAGGGGCAGUGAUUAAUACAGGAAAGAUAAAGACAGGUGAGAUGAAAAUUAUAGGAAAAGACAGUGAGUUAAAAUGGCCCAUGUGUGAAUGGUCUACAGCAAAUGUUGUCGCUAAGCUGGAAGAUACAAAGGUAGAAGUUCCAGGUGUGAAAAUGGAUGUUAAAAUUGCCAGAGUAGAUCCUGAAAUGAAAUUUCAAGUGAAAAAAAGUGUUGAAAAGGACAUGUCUGCAAAUGUGGAAGAGCAAGUAGAAGACAGAGCAGAAACAAGUAAAAUUAAAGCAUACAAGUUUAAGAUUCCAAAGUUUGGAAUGUUGCACUCAGAAGUAAAGGGUUUAGAAGAUGAUAUCAAUUUGCCAACGUCAGAAGCUAUUUCAGUGUCUGAAACUGAAAUAGGCACAGCAGAAAUGCAGUUUCAAAAAUUGGAAGGAUCCAUUGGCCUGACAAGUCCAACUCAAGAUCAUAUGGACUCAUCUGCUAGAAUAACAGGGGAAACAAUGGACAAAUCACAAGAUGGCCCGGAAGUAAAUAUAAAAAUUCCCAAGCUAAAAAUACCAAGAUUCACUUUCAAAGCUCUCCCAACUGAAGCUGAUGUUUCAGUGUCAAAAGUAGUACUGGAUCAAAAAAGAACUAUUUCUGACAUUGAAGUGGUGCAUCUGCAAACAAGUUCUGCUGUCCCUGAAGAAACACCAGAGAUUCUAGAGGGCAAUAUUCAAAAAGCAAAAAGCAAAAUUCUAACUCUGACCGAACCUGACAUUAAAACAGCACAGAUGACUGCUACCAUAGAUUCCUCCCUUCCAAAUGUGGGGCAAGACAUUCAUUGGUCAUACGUAGAAGGCCAAGAAGUAAGUGAGAUAGUAGAACCUGAACAUGUUGCUAUUGAAAGGUGUGAAAUUUACACUACUGAGAUAGUGAAAGAAUCAGAGAUUCUUUCAUCUGAAGUUAAAACUGCUACUUUGGGAUUCUCAUUGCUCAAGGUGAAGUUGCCUGAAUCACAUAGUGACUUAGAAGUGCUAGUCCAGCAGCCAUCUUCAGUGGAGGAUGCAUCAAUGAAAUGUUCUGGUGAAAGCUUUGGAGCAGAUGUACAGAGGCCUGGCAGUCUUGAGAUUAAACCAUGUGAUAAACCUCACAGUGAGACUGAAGAAUCUAGUAGAGUGGUAGGUUUGCCAAAGUUAAAAACAUUUACCGUUGAAGUAAAGCCCUCUGGUAAACCUGAGGAGAGUCAUCCUGAUAAGUCACCAAAGGAAAUAACUGCAGCUCCUCUCUCUAAAGAUGAGGAUGUAGCUGAAGCACUAGAAGAUGAGGAAAAAUACAUAACUAACGAAAAAGAAAAGACUGAUAGUAAAAGAUCUCCUGGAAGAUUCAAAUUUUGGCUUCCAAGUAUUGGCUUUUCAUCUUCUGGUGAUGAAACAAGCUCAGAUUCAAAAACAGAAGUAAAAAUAGAAGAAAUGAAACCAGAAGAUAUGAAACCAAGUGACACAUCAGUUAGUGAUUCUUCUAAGCAAACAGAAAAAACUGGAUGGUUUAGAUUUCCCAAGCUUGGUUUCUCGUCUCCUUCCAAAAAAGCUAAGACUGUUGACAAAGAAGAGAUAGGUCAUAAAGAGAGAAGAAUCUCAGAUGAAGAUAGCCCAUCAGAUAAACCUGAAGUAUUUUUUGAUGCACAAGAAACCUUAUCACCUAAAGAAGCAACAGAGGGUGAAAAAGUUGAAAUUGAUGGGACCUCAUCUAAUGUUCCAGUUUCUCGAACUAUCGUUACAUCUUCAGCAAGGACUGAACUAAUCUUGUUGGAGGAAGAAAAAGAUAGUCAAUCUAAUAUUUCUGGAGAUACAACCAAAUGAAGAUUGUCUUCUCUCAACACCCUCAGUGAAAAUAAAAUAAUCUAUACAGAAAUCAAAAAAAAGAGAGAGAAAAAGAGAAAAAAUGUUUUCCUGAUUUUCCAGUAGUCAAAAAUUGAACAAAACUCAAAGUUGAUAUUUAUGAAAACUGUUGACUGAACAGGAUUUACCACAUCUAAAUUUUCAUACACAUGAAUGUGCUGUACUGUGCAGUAAUAAAAAUACUAUUUUAUCCAAAUCUGCCCCAAAGGCAACAACUACUACAGAUACAGGGAAGUUCAUAGUUUUAAUAAAGUCUGAGGAGAUACCUGAACCAUGAAAGUAAACUAUUGAAAAGACUCAAUGACAACAUAAGAACUUGUUAAAUUUGCUUCUCAAAACAAUGCCAGUUAUGAUUAGAUUAUAGAUUAUUUGCAAACAGAGUAUAAACUAGUACUAUGAGAAUUAUACUUACCUGUUUAGAUUUUGGACACUUCUGACCUAUUUUUGCUUUCUUACUAAACUAUCUUUCUUUAUUUCAGCUAAGGUAAUGCAUAUAUUCCACAGUCAUUUAAAAAUGCAAAGUGAAAACAAAAUACUAGUGUAGAGAGACUAAGUCUUUACCCCUUCCUCUCUUCUCAUUUUUUGGUUACUGUGGUGGGUCAUAUUUAGCCAUAAAAGGUCAAAAAUAAAUCAAUAAAUUCAAGACCAAAAAAAUUAAUUCACAUUUUUAAGGUACCAAAAUAAAACAUGGUGGUAAAGAAUAAUUAUAAAAAUUUGGAUAAAUAAAUUUUUAUGUGUAUAUUUACUGGAUAGAUAAAUGCACAUAAUGAUCUGCCACAUUUUGGUGGAAUUGUUUCAAAGAUUUUCUGGGAAAGGAGAUGUAUAUAAUUAUUUACCUCUUUGUUUAUAUUAAUGCUUCUCUCAAGUGCACAGCCAAAACCAGAGUGCAUAUGUGACAGCCUUCAUAUGUAUCAUUAAAACACUGUCUGUAUUCUUAAUUCACAAUAAACUCACCAUAUGAAAAAUAAAACAAGUAACAUGAA